AUGAUUAUUAUGACAAAUGUAAUGAGAUAGACGUGUAUAUUAAUAAUAUCUUGGUUUAGUGUAUUGAUAGGAUAGGAAUAAUAUUUACGUUUAGAUUAAUAAUUGAAGCGUUAAUAGUGUUGUGCAUCGGUCGGUAUAUAAGCUAAAGUAAAUAACACAAAAACUCACGUCUUUCCCGAUAACAGCAACGCAAACGGCCAUUGUGUACGAAAAUCUAAACGGAAGUGUAUUGACAUAUGUAUGUGACUGUCAGGUUGUAGUAAAAGGCGGGACGAUUUAAAAACAAUACCUGUGCAUAAAAUAUAUAUUGAUAUUCGUAGGGUGUGGAACACCCUGCCAUUUAUUUAUUUACUAAGAGUGUUCAUAAAUCAGUCAAAAUUCUACUCUACUUGUUAUACAAGUUGAUGAUGAUGACGGAGAACCAAAAUUCACUUGUAUAUGAAAUAGAUGAAAAGGGAGAAAGGGUUUUGGUCAGGUCGAUCGAAUCGUCCUCUAGAGCUUUUCUGCGAUUUUUCAACAGGACUUCUCGUCCUGUGGAUGUCUGGUGGCGAGACUACAAUGGAGCGAAGCGACACUACGUGCGACUGGAACCAGGUGCCAACUACAAUAUAAACUCGUUUGUAACGCACCCCUGGGAGUUCACAGACGUGUCUACCAGGGAGCGCUAUGUGAUAAACAACAAUCCUAUCUACCGUCCGCCGAGGAAUAUCGGUGGUAUGAUGUACAGAACCAACUGGAACAUCACCGUGGGCGUCAGGACUCUUCGCCAUACAGUAUUACUGGUGCUGGCAACGCAUCUCAAUGAUACCGACGCUGUGAACUCCCUGGGUCUGCCGAGGGUCUUGGCCGAGGAGCUGAAACAUCUCAUCUCGCUUAUCCACCGACCUCUGACACCUCCACAGAGGGAUUGAGUAAAGACUUUAUUCAAAAUGUUUGUACUGAUAGUAGUAAUCUGUGUUCUAAUCUUACAUUACUGUAACUUUAUAAUGAAAACGGUCACCUUCUUCUUUAACUGAGGUGUGCAUUUAUUUUUACUGACUGUGAUAAUUUGUUAGUAAUCUUUACGUUGAUUCUCUUAAUGUAACGGCCACUGGACACUAUAUUAUACGGCGCUCAUGGUAGGUGUGCUUCUAUAUAACUUCUUGAACAGCUAUUAAACAUGAUUGUUUAGCUUUUAUAUUUGACUGUGUUAUAUAUAUACAUAUACAUAUAUAUAUAUUUCCAUACAAUGUAUAUCUUUUGUUUUUCUUAUUACUUUAGCUAAUAUUUGUUUAUUAACUUUUCAUGAGCCGCGUUGCUCGAGAAAUUAUUUCAAUUGAUGUAGAGCAAGUUAUUUAUAUAUUAGUAAAAUGUUUAUUCUAUUAAGAGUAAUAUAUUAGUUGUUGUACAAAUUAAAAAAAAUUACGAAUCUUUACUUUUAAAUUUUGAAUCUCGAUCAUUUACACAUGCAUGAGACUCUCUGUAAUGGACUUAAUGUUGAUUGCAAUUAGUUUGUUAACAAACAAUGAUGAGUUAAUAAACUAAAGUCAUCACAUAUUGAAACGGCAAAGAAAAAAUAAUUUUAUUAUAAUAUUGGGUCAGUGCUAUCAGUAAACUACACACGAGGUCAUCUGAGCGCUUUGUACUUGUAACAUAAAUUUUAAAUAAAAUCUAUAUUAAUAUUAUAUAUACAUAUAUAUAUUAAUAAGUAUUUUUCUUAUUAAAAUUGAGAUCAUGAUAUUCCUGUCACAUUAAUUUUGUACCUUAGUCUAAGAACAAGUUAUUUUUUUUUUUGCAUUUAAGACUUUAUAAAUGUUUUAAUUUUAGAUCUACUUUACUUAUAUGAACAUAUUUUUUUAUUGGAAAUCCUUAUAAUUAUGUAUAAUUAAUAAAAAAUCGGCUAAAAUAUCGUUGAUAUAUUAUCUUGUGACCAAAUCACUGAGGAUGUGUAAUUCGUAUGUAUUUUUAUAAUGACUUAAUAAUUUAACAUAUCGCAGGUGAAAGUUAUUCUACGUGAUAAUUUUCAUAUUUUAUUUUGUAAACCUAUUAUUUUUUAUCUGAAAGUUACUUAACGUAUUUUUCUGUUAUCUAACGUCUGAUGUAACACGAACGUGCCAUAUAAUUUUAAUGUUUUUAAUAAAUU